AUGGCUGCUAAGGUAUCUUACGAGAACAAGGCUUACAUUGAAUCUACGGUCACGGAAUACCGGAAGAUGGAUUUUUUGGGUUCCUACGAUUUUUGCAACGAUUAUCAAGAGAAAGCUACAACACAAGCUAUUAUGUUCAAUGACCAAAAUGAUAAAAUCGUAGUGGCUUUCAGAGGCACCGAACCCUUUGAUGCCAAUGCUUGGUCGACCGACUUCGACAUAUCUUGGUAUGGGAUUCCAGGCCUUGGAAAGGCUCACGGCGGAUUUAUGAAAGCUCUGGGGCUGCAGAAGAACCAGGGCUGGCCCCGAGAACAGGCGGCAGAUAAGAAACAAGAAGUAGCCUACUAUGUCAUUAGGAAGAUACUGAAACAACUUCUUCAGAAAAAUGAAAAGGCAAAGUUUAUAAUUACUGGCCACAGUUUGGGUGGUGCAUUGGCAAUUUUAUUUCUAGCAAUUAUGGCGUUCCAUCAGGAGACAUGGUUGCAAGAAAGAUUAGAGGGGAUUUACACAUUUGGUCAGCCAAGAGUAGGAGAUGAAAAUUUUGGAGAAUUCUUGAAAGAAGAAUUAAGAAAAUACAACAUUGAUUAUUACAGACUUGUUUACUGUUUUGACAUGGUUCCUAGAUUGCCUUUAGAUGAUUCCACCUUCUUGUUCAAGCAUUUCGGGACUUGCGUUUACUAUAAUAGCUUCUACCAAGGAAAAAUUUUGGCUGAAGAGCCAGACAAGAAUUAUUUCUCUCUUAGAUGGCUUAUACCGAAGAUCAUAAAUGCCAUCUGGGAGCUAAUAAGAAGCUUUAUUAUUUCAUAUACAAGAGGAGCGGACUACGAAGAAGGAGGUCUUCUUCGAUUACUUAGGGUGAUCGGCUUGUUAACUGCAGCAUUACCGGCUCAUUGUCCCCAAGAUUAUGUUAAUGCUACAAGAUUGGGACCAUCGGAAGUUUAUCUCAGUGAACUUUCCUAG